AACUUUUUCUUGAGUCACUUUAUAAUAAGGUAUCUACAACUUUUACUCAAGUAUGACAAUUGGGUUUGUGGGCCACGCACCCAUUGGAUAUAAAACACUAGAACCAUUACAAUUAUACAAAUGUGGGUAAUGCUAAUUUUUCAGCAAGGUUUCCAUGAUUCAGUUUAGCACAGUUUGCAAACAACAGCUGGUAGAGUGCACCAAAGCGGUUUAGGGUCUCAUGUACUCCGUCAACAUGCUGGGACUAUUCCGUUUGAGACUCGGGACUCAGACUCAUGGGGCUUCUUGCGGGCCGAGCUCUUCCAGAGUCCAGCAUAAUCAUAUUACUCUAGGCUGAGGCUAAUGGUACUCGGGUUGAGUCCACUUCAGCUUAUCUGGCACAAUUCACUUCUUCAGGAGUAGGGACAUUUUAGAUUUUUAUCCUGCAGGUGAUGAAACACCAAUAAAUAAAUAAAUUUUUAUUUCACCUCCAUCGAAUUUGCUAGGUCAUUAGCAAGCAACAUUUUGUGACAGUCUGUGGCCCAAUCAGAGAUGGUCCCUAAUUUAUAGGAUGCUUUAAAUGGUUUUGAUUUUACCACAGGCUAUGGCAAUGCUUUUUGUAGUUGCAGUCCAACGAAUUGAAAAGUGCACAUUCACCUCCAUAACAUUUGUUCUCGGCUACCAGCAUGUAAGAUAAGCAUGUACAAUAAUACAGGAUAUCCUUACAAAAAUGCACUGCUGUUAAAAUGCAGUGAAACUGCAGUACAAUUAAAUCAUGUUUUUUAAAUGAAGAAUAUCCGGUGGCUUGCUGUGUGUCUUCUAAUCGUAACCGUUUGUUUAUUUUGCUGUGCAUUUUCUUCUGUUCCACUGAAUGCAAUUUCGAUUUUCUUAACUAAAUUUGUUUUCAGAAUUUAACAAAAUACACAGGCCUAUAUAUUUUAUUUAAAUAUCCUAAUACAAUCCACCAAUAUUUACAAACCCCUAUUUUUAAUCCAUUUAUUUCCAUCAAUAAUUAGUAAAAAAAUAUUGUACCUGAAUUUGACCCUGAAAAUAAUUUAUGUUUUCGUUUAAAACUUUUGAGCAAUUCAAAUUACUGCACACAUUAUUUUAAUUUCAGUAAGUGCAUUUUUUUUCAGUAGCUAAAUGAAGAGGUAGGCAUAUCUGGUCCAACUAAAAUUUGGAUUGGAAUCUGUGCCUCGCUCGCAGCAAUACAUGUCUGUGUGCUUCGCAGGCAGCCUGCUUGCUCAAGCGCAUUGCUCAAGCGUCAACACAGCUGGAAAACAAUUACUGUUUCUCGAAAUGUAUACAAAAAACUGUUUUACUUUUGUAAGUAGAGCGGCGGUUUGUUGGGGAGAAUAAUGUCAAGGAAAGUUUUUCUAGCAAGCUAACGUUAGCUCUCUAGCUAAUCCCCCAUGGACGUGGUAAGUUUGACAUUUUUUUUAACCUGUUGUAGCUAGCUAGCUAACGUUUUGACAUUUUGACAUCUGUUUAAUGACAGUAAAUGUGUGUGUGUUCUGUCUGUGUGAGAGAUGGACAGAGAGCGAUGAUGAUUUAGAAAACAUUGUCAACGUUGUCAUGCUAGCUGUGUGUGAGAGCGUGAGAGAUGGUUGAUGAAUACAAAUAUAGGAAACAUUGACUGUGUGUGAGACAUUUUUAGGUUACCUAAUUCUUGAAAUAUGGAUGUGAAGUUUUUGUUGAUUCAUCAGGGAUCCUUGUAUUUGACAAUAUGAUGCGUUUUGCCUAUCCCCCCCCAACCCCCCCCCCCCCCCCCAACCCUCAUUCUAAUGUUACACCUCUCAACUGCCUUUUUCAACUCUAGAUGUAAAAAAAAAUACAAAAAAAUCAGUAAUCUUCUAGUUUGGGUGGAGGAGGGGAACAAAGGGAAGGAGUACAGCAGUUAUCCAGCCUGCUGACUAAGAAAUGUAAAUAGACAGCAAAACACAGGCUCUCUCUCUCACGUCUGUCUGCCUGACUGCCAGAUUGCUGAGGGGAAACAUGGUCAAUGUACUUGCUAGGCGAAGUCUAACUUAGUGAAGACCUUAGGUCUUCUGUAGUAGCUAGGUUAAUGAACUUAAUGGUUACUCAUGAUUUGUCACAAUCUUUAUGGUUCCUGAAACAUGUCAAGGACCUAAUGCAUGACCUCUACAGCAGUCCUUGGCCACCCACUUAGUUACCAGUGACCUAUUCUGCCACGUCCCAGGAAAAGAAGAGAACAGAACCACCCCUUAAAUCCAUAGUCAUUGACAGUAAGUUCUGUGUGCAAAAUGUUUUAUUUUUCCCCUCUUUGAUAUUCUGAUCUUCAAUGUGUAUUGAUUCCUACUCACCACAUUGGUAAGAGCUUGGUUGUACUAGCUAUGCUGAUGAUCAUUCAAGUUUUCUCUUUGCAUCAGGUCUCGCCUGAUCUAAGUGUAAGUAGAUCCACUUGAAAUAGCAUUGCUUCCUAAUCAUUUAAUCUUAAGUAAGGCAAGCAAAUUUGAUUUAUUUCAUUUAAAAUCCCAUUUUGAUUCUCCCUUUUUUUCCAGUUGCGAAAACCUUGUGUCCUGAUUCCACACAGACCUCCCUUGACUGCCAAGCUGUCCUCAAUUGGGAGAUCUUCUGUCUGGGACAAUGUCCUCAGGAUUAUGAAGCAGUGUGUUUUAUACAAAGUUGUUUGCAUGUUACAACAUGUAUUCGAUUAAGCAAAACUUCACCAUUUAGAGAUGAGUUCAAAAAAACAACUACUGUCUACUUUUGGUAUCGUCUUUCUUAGUGUUUCGGAUUGAUGACCAAUUAAUUAAUGUCCCACUUCAAUAUGAAGGGACAGAGAAGCAAACAUGCCUUUGCUGUCACUUGUUUGUUCUCCAUUGUACUUGGUAAGUAAUUGUGAGCAUUUGAGACAUUUGACAAUGAUACAUUUUUAGUAGAUUCUGACUGUUAAAUAUAUUUUACUGUGUUCCUGUUCUGUUGUGUCCUGCAUGUCCACGUUAUACCAAUCUUGAUUUAUUUUCUUCUCUUUUUAUGCUUACAGCAAGUGUCAUGAAAAGCCUGAAAACUCAGGAAGUUGAUGUGUUACGGGCCCUAGGGACAGUCCUAAAAUGUGUCCCGUACUGCCGUGGUGGAGAACGACGCAAAAUCUGACCCUUCACACUAGUCUUCAAGAGGACCACUACGCUCCAGAUCGCCUUCUCUGCUCUAAGGUAUGGUGCAGAAACUGGACCAGAAGCUCCCUGUGGCCAACGAGUACCUACUACUGUCAGGUGGCGUGCGAGAGGGUGUGGUCGACAUGGACCUAGACGAGCUGAGUGUCUACGCCCGCGGCACCGACUAUGACAUGGACUUUACCCUCCUCGUGCCCGCGCUCAAGCUGCACGACCGCAACCAGCCGGUGACUUUGGACAUGCGCCACUCAGCCCUGUGCCACUCGUGGCUGAGCCUGCGCCUCUUCGACGAGGGCACCAUCAACAAGUGGAAGGACUGCUGCACCAUGGUAGACCACAUCAACGGCGCCACCAACUACUUCUUCUCACCCACGCUGGUGGCUGACUGGUUCUACGAGUCCAUCAGCGUGGUCCUGGUGGAGAUCCAGAAGAAGCCCCAGCGCGGCAUGCCCCGCGUGGAGAAGGUGGAGCGGAACGGCACCAUCAUCUCCGUCAUCCUGGGCGUGGGCAGCAGCCGCAUGCUCUAUGACAUCUUGCCUGUGGUCUCCUUCAAGGGAUGGCCGGCGGUGGCCCAGAGCUGGCUGAUGGAGAACCACUUCUGGGACGGCAAGAUCACAGAGGAGGAGGUGAUCAGCGGCUUCUACCUGGUGCCUGCCUGCUCCCACAAGGGCCGUAAGGAGAAUGAGUGGCGCCUGUCGUUCGCCCGCAGCGAAGUGCAGCUCAAGAAGUGCAUCUCGGCCAACCUGAUGCAGGCCUACCAGGCAUGCAAGGCCAUCAUUAUCAAGCUGCUGUCAAGGCCCAAGGCCAUCAGCCCCUACCACCUGCGCAGCAUGAUGCUGUGGGCCUGCGAUCGGCUCCCCGCCACCUACCUGUCCCAGGAAGACUUCUCAGCCCACUUCCUGCUAGGCCUCAUCGACGACCUGCAGAACUGCCUGGUCAACAAGAUGUGCCCCAACUACUUCAUCCCACAGUGCAACAUGCUGGAGCACCUGUCGGAUGAGAAGGCCAUGCUCCACGCCCGCAAACUCAGCUCCGUGCGCUCCGACCCGGCCGAGCACCUGCGCACCACCAUCGAGCAAGCCAAGGCGGCCAACCGGCUGACCCUGGACCUGCAUUGGCGCAGCAGCGCCUCAAACCUGCCGUCGCCACAGUCAGACGCGGGCGGCGAGCACCAGCCGGAUGACCGAUUGGCUAAGAAGCUGCAGCAGUUGGUGACGGAGAACCCCGGCAAGUCCAUCUCGGUGUUCAUCAACCCCGACGAUGUGACGCGGCCGCACUUCCGCAUCGACGACAAGUUCUUCUGAGACCUCAAAAUAGAAAAAUACUACUCCCCCCCACGGCACCCAUUCUUCUCCCCUUUGACUAGAUUGGUCGAGUCAUCAAAUUAGUCGGUUUCCCAAGUAACGGUCGCCACAGAGCGUUGUGAGGUGCUUUUGUCCAAAAGUGUCUUCCCAUUUUGUUUCCCUGUCCCUGACACCUGUCCCCACAGCCCACCAACCCUACAGUCUCCCUGUCACCUUUAGAAGGCCUUUACAGGACUACAUGAAACAGGUGGAAGAAGAGGUACUGCGUCUUGCCUCGGAUGGUUAAGGAAUGUCUUAGUCCCUGUAGGGGAACUGAUGGUACUAACGCCAUAACUGUACAUAGAGAGAGUUGAGUGGAUAUGUGUGUGUGGACUUUGAUCUUAUUUUGCACAGAAUGUAGAGGCACACAGUUAUCAUGUUGGAAGUGCUAUGAAGUGAAGACUGAAAUGUUGCUUAUCUUUUAGGAAGGCAAUUUCAAUGGUCUUUUUUUUCCUCCACUGGGCUAAAUGCUCUGAUUUAUACCUACUGGUUUAGAGCUGUUAUUCCAAUAAGCUGUAUCACAAUGACAAGUUCUUUCUAACUUUA